AUGGGCUCGCAGGGUCGGGGUGCGCUUGCUGUGGCGCUGCUUGCCGCAGCAGCGCUGUGUGCACCCAUCGCAGAUGCAUAUCCAUACUAUUACUCGGGCUGCCAAAUCUCUGUUGGCGAGACCGCCAUGUCCCACACCGUCACUGCUGUCUCGGAUGGCGACAGUGAUUGCGACAUUGAAGGCUUUCCCACAGAAUAUUUUGAAGGGGAGACAUACACGAUCAAUUUGAAUGGUAGAAGCGGGCUGAUGUUUCUCGUGAGCGUGGAUUCGGGCACGCUGGCCAAGAAGGACUCCAACAGCUUCACCUCCAAGUCAGGGUGCAGCAGCACGGCUGGGUACGGCAAUCUCGACACGCAGGUGGAGUGGACGGCCGGGAGCGCCUCCUCGGCGUCCAUCACGCUCACGUGUGGCUCAAACUCCUUUGGCCUCCUGCAAGCGACUGAAAGCGGCAGCAAGGGCGAAGUGGUCACGUGCGAUUCCCCACCGAGCGUGGACAAUGGCACGCCGUGUUCCUCUGCAACCCACAUCCAGCCCGACUGCGACGUGCAGUGCUCUUCCGGCUACGAGCUCACCGCCAACACCAUCCAGUGCCAGCCCGAUGGCAACUUCACGGGCUCUGCAACGUGUUCCGACAUUGACGCGUGCGAAUCGCACGACGUGUGCGACCCCAACAGCAACGGCUGCAUGGACAUUGCUGGCGGCCCAGACAGCGAGGAUGGCAUCACAUGUGGCGGCUGCACGACAGGAUACACUGGUGACGGCUUCACAUGCGAGGACAUUGAUGGAUGCAAUCCAGUCCCGUGCGACGCCGAUGCCACAUGUGCGGACGUUGCAGCACCGGGCACGGGUGCCACAUGCACGUGUAACGAAGGAUUCUUUGGCGAUGGGUCCACAUGCACAGCGUGCACCGUGUGUCCUGAGAACACAUAUGCGGUGGGCGAGUGUCACACGACAGCCGGGGACUACGACUCGUGCGACGCGUGCCCUGGCAACUCGACUAGUCCUGCGGACUCAAAGUCCAUCGACGACUGCACGUGCAACGAAGGGUUCACCAAGAUGACCUCGGGUAACUCCUUCGUCUGCGAACCAAUCGUGUGUCCCGAGGGCGAGUUUUUGGACGGCGACACGUGCAGCGCGUGCACCCCAACCACUUGCCCUGCUGGGGAGGAGCUUCAAGGCCAAUGUGGCGGCAGCACCAACACGCUGUCGUGCCAGCCAUGCACGGGCGGCACUGCCAAGGACGCCGCAGGCGCCGGCAUGUGCACCACGUGUCCAUGGGGAACGGAGCCCAACAGCGACCACACCGACUGCGUUGCCUGCCCUGCUGGACAUGCUGGCAUUGGCGGCAGCUGCACGCUCUGUGGCAACGGCACGCAGCCCAGCACCAACGGCUCAGUUUGUGUGGCGUGCCAGCCUGGCUGGGCCGGCACCCUGGGCCUGUGCUCUGCCUGUGGCCAAGACAAAGUCGCAUCGUCAGACAAGACGGCGUGCGUGACGUGCGGCGCGAACGCGGUGCCCAACACCAUGCACGCCGCGUGUGUUUGCGACACCACGAGCGUGGUCACGUCGCCCUGGCCGCUCACGUGCACGCCCUGUGGCGACGGCACCCGACCAAACUGGAAUCAGACCGCGUGCGUGCCGUGUCAGCCCGGGUGGGCCGGCACCAACGGAUGGUGCAGCGCGUGCUCCAGCAAUCUCGUACCCAACAUGGCACGCACGGCAUGCGUUGCGUGCCCCGCCCCUUUUCGCGCGUCGGCGGAUGGGGUUCGUUGCAUGCCGCCACGUUGCGGUGAGAGCGAUGGCACCGAUGCACGACAGUGCUCGCCUUGCCCCGGGUGCCACUGCCCUCGAACUCACGUGCCCGUUGUGGACACGAUUGGCGCCAUCGAAUACGUCUCCUGCGACCUCUGUCCCCCGGAGCUUGUGCCUGUUGCCGGCACAUGCAGGCCUUGCCCCCAAAACCGCGUCUCCUUCAAUGGCCGUUGCCUGGCGUGUGCAUCCGGGUAUGGCGUGUACAACGCCACCACGUGUCUUCCCUGCAAGGGCGUGAACAUUUCCAUGGACGGCGUGUGUGUUGGCUGCCCAGCGGGACAGGUGCCCGACGAGACGCGAACUCGCUGCCAGAAUGUGACGCAGCAGAACAUCUACUUUGCCCUGGACUAUGCGCAGUUUGAACAAGAUGCACAGGCGCGUUGGGAGUUUAUUGGCGCCGUGCUAGAGGCGCUGCAGGCGCAUGGCAUCGACACAAGCGCUAUUGUGCAGGUGCUACUGCGGCCAGGGAGCACCGUGGUGGAGCUGGUGGGCGCGGGAUGGGCCCUUCAAGCAGCAAAGGAUGCUGCUGCUGCGGGUACGGUGGUGGUUGUACACAAUGGCGCGAAUGCGACCGCUGGUGACACGUUGACCGCUGAUGGGACUGUGGUCUCGAGCUCUGUGGAGGGAAGCACAGACAGCAGCGGCAGCAGCGGUGGUGGUGCGUCAACAACAGAGGACCUCUCCGCUGGCACCGUCGCAGGCGUGUUUGCCGGGGUGUUUGCGGGCGCGUUUGUUGUGUUCCUCAUCGCGGCGUGCCAGACCAAGUCGCGCCACGUGAUGCACUCGAAGCGCAGCACCAGCAAGCUUGAGAUUGACCUCACCACCGAAGAUGGCGACGUGUCAAGCGCAUCAAGCCCGUGGGACAACGUUCAAGUCUCCGACCUCUGA